AUCAAAAUAUAAGAAUGUGAUCACGUGAUUUGGGAAAAUAAUACGGUAGUAAUGKCGUCUCGGCGACGAUCGUGUUUUAGCAUGAAAACGGUUUGAUUUUCAUCAUUUCUAGCUUGAAAUCGAAGGAGUUAUAAAAUUGAAAAUAUCUGCUGAGAAACACCAAGGAAGUAAUGUCAAACAGGGGGMAGAUAUAUUUAUAAUUUAUAUACUUGUAUUUCUACCAAGAAACAAAUCGCCAAUAAAAUGCUAUAAUGUAUGGUGCUGAUAAUGAGGGAUGAUUACAAACAUAGCCAUGCCUAUGGCAGUAGUGACCAAGUGGAAGAUUUCCAGGUGGAAGUUAGUCUGAAAUUUCAGGAGGAAUUGCUCAAGAAAAGCUUUAUCUUCGAUCCAGAUGAUAAAAUAUGGUUUGCAAAGAUACAAGUUAUUCAUGAGCUAGCAAAGGGUGUCAAGGAUGUGUUCAAUUACGGGUUUUAUGAACCCCCUAACAAUGGUAGGGCUGGUAAGUUUCUGGAUGAAGAAAGAACAUUCAAAGACUACCCACAAAGAGGAUCUCCUGUAGAACUAGAGUUCAAAUACAAGAGAAGAGUGUAUAAAUCAUUGCAGUAUGAUAGCAAAACCUUACAGAAAGUCCAUACCAAGUCUAACCUCAAGAAAUUGUUAGAAUGUGUAUCAUCCAACAAUGUUGCACAAGUGUCAAAAUGGACAGAGAAGGGGCUGGAUCCAAACUUUCAAGAUGAUAAAAGUGGAGAAACCCCUUUAACAAUAGCAGUAACAAGUGAUGACAGGCGCGAUUUGAUAGYCAUGUUAGUAAAUGGUGGAGCUCACCUUGACUAUAGAGCAGGUGAUGGACUUACACCCAUGCACAAAGCUGCUCUUGCUGGAAAAGCUGGCAAUGUCAAGAUUCUUCUUGAUCUGGGCUGCCCACCCAAUGUAAAGGAUCCAAAGGGUCUCACACCACUUUACUACAGUGUGCUACAUGGUGGUGAUCCUUACUGUACUGAGUUGCUGCUCAAUGAGCAUGCUCAGAUGGGUGUGGCUGAUCACCAGGGUAUGCAGGAGAUCCAUCAUGCUUGCAAAAAGGGUCUUGUGCAGCACUUGGAACACUUGGUAUUUUAUGGUGCAAACAUCGAUGCUACUACAGCAUCAGGGAAUACACCUCUACACAUCACUGCACUUAGUAAUCAUGAGGAAUGUGCAAGGGUUCUUUUAUUUCGAGGUGCAAGACGAGAUAUACUCAACUAUGCCAACCAAUCAGCUUAUGAGGUUGCUGCUGUUGCUGGAAAUAAAGAACUUGCAGAGUUUAUAAGACGGUUUUCUGAUGGACAAAUAGUGAAAUUUACCGAGAAGCCAACAUACAGYACAAGGCGACGAAAAGUAGUUCCAAAACCCAGAGCGCACUCAUUGUUUGAGUACCGGUCCAGUUCAUUAGACACCCACCCCCACUCAAGUAAGAGURAUUCCAGUCUGCCUCCAUCGCCCAGGUCUUUGUCAGGAAGUCAUCGUUCCAAUAGCAAUGCUGGUAGUUUAGACGAAAACGGUCCCCACAAUGGACGAAURCAGCGUAGCACAUCAGUAUGCUCUACGACGUCAGAGUCAUCGUAUAAUUCUGAUCCUGAGGACUUGUCGUUGAACGAACGGCGCUUUCGUGCACAAGAGAAUCGAACUCGUGAUGUGGAAUACCCUUCAGGCAAGAUGGCACCGCCUGUGAAGAUAGUAUCGGGUGCAGCAUCGGUGCGUAAAAGACUAUACGCUGCUAAUGCGGCUGGUAGGCGCUACAUCGCAGUUAAAGAUUACGUUCCGUGUAGGAGUGGAGAGUUACAGCUCGAACGUGGUGAUAUUGUAGAAGUUCUGUAUGUGGGCGAGAGGGGAUUCUGGGAAGGUCGUGUUGAGGACAGGACGGGAUGGUUCCCUAGUGUAUGUAUAGAAGAACUAAAAAAAGGAGAAAAACAAAGACCAAGGACUCUUUUUGGCAGACCUCCUUCAUUUUCCGGCAUGUUCGCAAAAGCUGAGGAUCCACGAGCGCCUGCGAUUCCUGACCGUAGAUUUAUUCAAAAACCUCGUGAAGUAAUUUUGAACAGGGGAAAGUCAGGCUUUGGAUUCCAAAUGCGUGGUGCUAACUGCCAAACUCCUCGACUUAAUUUCCGUCCUACCAAAGAUUUCCCUGCCUUACAGUAUAUAGGAGAAGUGGAGCCUGGCGGCGAGGCUGAUAUCAAAGGUGUUAAAAACGAUGACUUCAUAAUAGAGGUGAAUAACGAAGACGUUACAACAGCGACUCAUAGUCACGUGGUAAAUCUCAUCAAACGUAGUGGCAAUAGUGUUAAGCUAAAGAUUGUUACCGUUCCAGUUAGCAUUGUUAAUGGGGUGGAUACACUGGAUUAUACUGAUUCAGGACAUCGAGGCAAAGUACCACCACCCUUACCACAGCGAGAUCCUUCCACUACUCUGACUCUUGGCAGAAUKAGAUCUUCUUCUAGACCAUCACUAUUUGAUGCUGGAUUAGUACACAGUCACGAAGAGCCCGCGAGCUUCAAGGUUGAUAGUGUAAUCGCCGUUUCCAAGGAUUCACAAUGGAGUACUCUUCAAAGGAGAAAACCCAGCGACUCCAAUUCCCGGUCAGCGGCGCAGUUUAAGUUCAACAGUGGGUCAAGAAGUAAACUGCGGAACCGCGGCGGUGAGAUGACUCUGGACCAACGCUCUCGCUCGAUGCAAAACAUCGCUUCGUUAUCCACACCGUAUGAUUCUGCAACAGUUGGGAGAGCUCCAAGACCGAGAAGCACGGCCGUACCGUUUGCAAUCCCGCAAGUACCCGAACGUUUYACUCGUUCCAUGUCGCACGGAGAGGAUACGUUAUCAAAGCCGAGAGACUUUCACGCUUAUUCAGAUCCCAGUCUUCUCGAWAAGCCUUCAUUACCGACAAGGAGUUUAUCGGUAGACGAAUCAAGAUACAAUAUGAGUUAUGAGACUAACUCUACGAACUUCAACGAUGAAGAAACUAUAGUAGCCACGCCUGUAAGUGCUAGCGUAACUUAUGUAGAGGACACUCAUUCGAACGUUGAUACUAGACCUAWUGAUAGUACUUAUGUCCAAGCUGCUAAUGGCGAUGUGAACAGACAACGAAAACAUAGCCUUGGGUCAAACGAUUCUUUGGGUCAAACAUUACAAAGAGCUGUUGAAGCUCGCAAUGAACGAAUCAAUGAGCAAARUCGAACUGACCGUAAAAUUAGUGCGCCUGCAAGUGUGACAAGUCAGCGUCGACGAGYUCACACAGCCGCUGAGCGUCUACGAUCUGACAUAAUGUCACAACUUAAAACACAGCUAAAUACAGAUAAUGAUGUAUCUUCAAAUGUUGAUAGUAGAUCUGAUACAAACGAAAUUGGUUAUCAAGGAAACACCUCUGGUAAUGAUUACCGUCGAAACUCAGUGAAUGAUCAAGUCCAGGGAGACGCAAUUGACAACAUUGCCCAUAGAAACACCGUGGAUACCAGGAGCCAUGGGGACGCAAUUAAUAAGGGUUACCAUGGAAACUCAGUGGAUGUAAGCUAUCAYAGAAACACAGAUGAUACAAAUUACCAUGGAAACGUCAUAGAUACUAGUUAUCAUACCCAAGUUUCACGUCCGAGUUCAGAAUCACAAGCUUCAUCACCCUCAAAAAAGAAAGAUUCACCCAAGAAAUUAGCGAAACCACCUAUUUCAAAGAAACCUGCUGCACCACCUCCUCCCCCGCCAGUGCCACCCACUGCUCCUCCUUUACCAGUCACAUCUACAGUAAAACCGUCAAAACCAGUAACUAAAGGAAAGAAAUUCGAUAUACCACAAACAGCUGUACGUCAAGGAUUGAUCACCGUGGACGCUUUACAAGCAAAAAAGGGCAAACUAAAAGCCACUAAAAAUAGCGAUCAAGAAUGUGCGAAAAACUCUAAUUCUAUUCAUGCCAUGGUAGGACAAUUGGCUGGUCAGGGGGGGCGUGCUGGGGCUAAGCCUGCGCCGGCGUUUGGUGGUAACCAGCACGCUCAUAUGCUAGCCAAGGCAGUUGCUGCUAGAGCUGCCAAAUUAGCAAACGAGGCCAGYGACAAUGAACACGAUUCGCCAUCAUCUUGGGAAGAUGACACAUCUAGCCCCAACAUUCCACGCACUAGUCCACUAAAAACAACUCAAACAAGUCCGAAAAAGACACCUCCACCAGUUGCACCCAAGAAAUCGUCGGGAAGACGAUCGUUGUUUCCGCCUAAAAUGGGUGAUCCGGACCGUCCCUACGACUACUCCACUGAGGAAGACCGUACGAUGAUGAUAUUUGAUGAUGUUAUACGUAAAGAAGUUGAAAGUGAAAAUUGGAGUUUAAAUUCAUGGAACAGCAGUGAUUCUAGUUCCCUUGCCGAAGGUGUUUUACCUCCAGGGACAUAUCUAUCAAAUAGUAUUGACGACAGACCAAGAAAGUCAAGUUUUGGAAGCGGAUCACGGCCUUGGUAUGAGUACAGCUCGGGGUCACCUUCUGAGGAGAGCCUGAACGCUAGCUCAGAACGAAUUAGUCAAUUAAGACCGAGUAUAUCUCUAGAUGAGGGUACUACAGGAAACAGAAAUAGAAUAAACGAUUUAUAUAGACGAUAUUCAGACGAAGAUGGGCGGUCCGUUAGCUCGACGUUAACCAGAGACUCUGAAAUAAAUCUUGUUCCUGUAAGUGAAAAACSUUCUCAUUCGGUGUCUAACUCCUCGAUAGGAUCGGAUGAAAUCAGUAACGACAAGUAUUUGAUCGAUAAUCGUCUAUCAAGUGACGAUUUAAAUGAGAGAUAUACUCCGACCAAUAAUGUCAUGCUCGACGAUUCGAAAGUUAGUCAUUCUGCAUCAGACGACAGUGAAGUUGUGGAGAAGACCAUUACAACGCAAUCAGGAAUAAAGAUAAAGUUACUUCUAAAUAAAUCDCCCACUAAUAACGAACCAAGGAUUCCUACGCAAUCUUCUUCACCGAAGGRCAUUAAUAGUGCUACAAGUUUUAAUGACUCCGACAAGUCACCCAUGAGCAACCAUUUGAAUGAAGAAUUAAGUGAUUUCCUCCCACCCCCUCCCACGGAUUUCACUUGUGAAGAUAUUGAUAAUAUGCCUUCUCCGCCACUUCCCCCACCACCAGAGUUUUUACCUAUUGAUAAUAAUGACUUUAACAGUCCAUUACCAGCCCCACCCAUUGACUUCUGCGAUGAUGAUACCGAUCCUGGGUCUUUACUGGAUGUGCCUGCCAUCAGUAACAAACACGUAAAUAGUGGAUCAACAUUUMGAGAGAAGGCAUUGUUGGAGUGGGACAGUGACGAUGUCUGURAUUGGUUAGAUUCACUGAAUUUAACACAAUACCAAGACACAUUCAGAGACAAUGACAUAAAAGGACUUCACCUACCAGAACUUACUAAGGCUGAUCUAUUAGAACUUGGAAUCAAAAGCCUUGGUCACAGAAUUACAAUGGAAAACUCUGUAGCAAAGCUGUGUCAACCAAUGGAAUCAAGCUGUUAAUUUUAUGAGGUUCAAAUCUCAGGCUGAAUUGUUGUCUUAUAAGUUAUUGUACAGUGUUACUUGGUAGUUUUAACCCAACCCUAUGCAUUGUCAGUGUAGGCUACUUCAUCAAAACUCAUCACCAUUAUAGAGUGAAGAAGACACUUGAAUCUGUGAAAUUGUACUAUUAAAAUUUGUUUGCUUUACUUUUUGAAGUUGAGUAAAAWUUCCUAAUAUUAUCCAUAAGGAUGUAUUGCCAUUCAAAGGUUCUGCUUCAGUUACAGCACUAUUUCACAGAAUAAGUGCUCUUACUAUUAAGGCUCUAGCCCAGUGAGAUUUUGUAAACAAGUUCAAGUUGUUCAAUUAACAUGGGCCAAGUUCAUAUCUUAGAAAAUAAAUAUUUUAUACAUAGCAACAAGAUYUGUACAAAGGUGUAUUGGAAUUGUUCUCUUUGCUCACAAUGACAAGUAUACAAGGUUUUAUUAUUUUUAUGAAGUAAUGUAAGAUAUUGUUCAUAUUGUUUAAGUUUCACUAUUUUUAUGAYCACAGUAAAGUUCUUACAAAUGUUCUCUAA